GGACAGAUGGAAGAGGGGGGUAUAAAGAGGGCCAGUUAAUUGCAGACCCUGGUUGGUCAGGAUGCCUGACUGACUGAGCCUUGUGUGAGAUUGCUGCAGCUUGUCCUUUCUUAACUCUCCCUGCAUAAUCUCACUCUCUAUCCUAAGUGUGUUAGUACAGCGAGGACACCUCGUUGACACCUGAAGUCAGCACCUGUGUCUGUUGGCCAGCACUGGGGGCUCCAGGCUGAGCUCCAGCAUCAGGGCAGCAGGAACUCCCAGCCCCCUUAGAACUACUGGAGCUGGUGGUCACUUACAGCAUCCCUUAAAAAAAACACCUAGAAUGUGGGCUAGGAUAAUGAGAAGCUUUGAAGAAGAAUAUUCUGACAGGUAAUUUGAAAAAGAUAAGUUUAUGGGUUUUGUUUUAAUAACUACUGCUUGAUCUGAAAAGUCUUUUUUGUGUGUGUGUGGAGGAUGUAAGCUAACAAAGUGACUCGGGAGUAAAGUUGAAUAAUACUGAAUAAAGUCAGAUUAGAAGUCCUGCUGGGUGGAGGAGAGUACAGUGAGAAUUCAAAGGGAGGCUGGGAGGAAGAACCUGAUUCAGCUCAUAGCAGUGAAACUCAAAUAGGCCCAUUCAAGAACAGUUUUUGUAACCUACGUUUGUAGCAGCAGAUGGCAUUAGGACAGCAAAGCCAAUAGCAGAAGGUGAGAUAGGAAUACACUGCUGGAAAUGGUGGAGUAGAAUCUGCAGAGAGAAGUGACUGGUCUGCAUAUGCUUAAAGUUAUUCUCACCACCAUAUGAUUGCCUGCAUCUGAGAUGUAGGUAACAUCUGACAAAUUACUUCCUAUGUAACUGCUGAGAAUUUUUGUGGCAAGAACCCCCCUGUGUGCUAGGGCUGCUACAACAUCUGAAAUACAGCUAUGAAACAAGAAAAAUGACCAUUCUUAAUGUGUAUAUAUAAUUCUUAUUUUGGUCAGUUGUUUGGAGCUAGAGAAAGGAAUGUGGUUAAUUCAGGCUACCUUGUACAAAAGGUGCAGUUCUGUGGAGCUGCUAUUAUCUUUCUAUAAUACUACAUGUCAAGUGUACUGAAUUAAUUGGAAGUGCUUUCUGUUAUCUGAGACUGGCUGCUACAAGUCCAGAAGCAGAAAUGUGGGAAGGAGGGCACGUGAGCCUAGAGCUGGACUUUCAGUUCUUAGAGUUUUUGCUCUCUGAACUCUGUGUCCCGAAGAAGUAAGAAACAGUUGAGAUCAGAAUGGCUGGCAUUACAAUGUGUAUGUUUGGUAUUUAGAGUUUUGGCCCAGUUGCAGAAAGCUCUUUGUAAUGAAUAAGAAUAUCAUGUAACUACUGUGAAUGGCUCAGUUACACUGCUUUACUUCAUGCUGUGUGAAAGAAUGGAGUAAUCCUGUGUUGAGAUAAAUCUAGGAACGGGCAGCAGAAUAGAAAAAUAAUCUGUUGAAGCAGAGUAAGAUUUCCUUCUGCAAAGGUUAUGGGAUGAAAGAGAAGAGCUUUUACAUACAGAAAACCUUAAAAUAGCCAGGUGGUUCCAGAAUAUGAAAGUUGGGCCAGAGGCCUGUAUGGCCUUAAGGCAGUAGAUGAAAUUACAGAUCAAGGAUAUGGUGACAGACACCAGCUUGAGGCUUGUGUUGGUUUACUCAGUUUUGUCUGCUAGCAUUGGGGCGUGAUUGGUUUUAUCAAAGGUGUCAGUGUUCACCACCAUGGCUGCCCUUCUGAUCACAGCAGUGGCAUCUGGUUGGGCAUGCCGUGUGCCUUGGCUGUGGGGUGAGCAGAAUGGGGAUCAACACGGCCAACAGCUGAAGUAUGCAAAUGGGCAUAGUCCUGGAUUUCUUCACAAAGAAGGCAGCCCCAAAUUUCCCCGGUAUGGGUGCAGAAGGAGCUUGCUUUCUACCAGGGAAGUCAGGGGAUACACGUAGAAGAUGUCAGAGGAGUGAAGGGUUCAGUCAUCUGGGCACUGUCAUAGGAAUUGUCUGUAAGGACUUGAUCAUUGUAGUAUGGAUGGCAGCGGCAUGCCUGAACCAGACAUGAUUAAGGAUUGCAGGGGCAUCAGUAAACCAGAUGUCCUUCUGUGGAACGGGAAAGCAGGGGCCUCUGUAACAGGUGAGUCAGAGACUAACAGGUCUCUGAAAAAUGAGUCUGAGAGUACUGCAGGUAGCUUGAAGGGCAGGGGAGCAAGAAUAAAAUGUUUGGGACUGAAAAGUUGGGCUCUGAUGGUGGAGAUACCAGCAGCCUGAGGCUGAAUGGUGAUGGAUUGUGCAUAUCCCUCAGGGAAAGGAAACACCGCAAAGGACGUUGUGAAGAAUAGGAUGUACAACCGUAUGUGCAAGGGGGUGAUCGCCAAGGAGUCUGUCAAUAUCAGAAAGGACAAGGAAGGUGUCAAGAAAAGCACACUCACAUUCUUAAUCUGAGGGUUUGCACACCUUGUCACCUCUUGAUGGCAAAUGGAUUGGUUUAGGGGUAGGCCCUCUAAGCACUGUUUUCACUGUAGCGGACCACCAAUAGAAGUGAGGAGUCCCAAAUAUUGACAUUAUUGAAUACCUUUUAAGAGAAGGGUUAGGGCCUGUUGGUGAUUCGUUUUCCGAUCCCAAGUGGAAGGAACAGAAAGGACAGACAAGCAGACUGAAACACAAGGCCCAAGGCCAUGUAGCACCAAAAGUUUAAAGUGUCUAGGAGGCUCUGAAGGUUCUGUUUUGGAAGAGGGAAUAUAGUGAUGGUGGGAAAAGUUUCACCUAAUGAUGAAGAUGCCACAAGCAAUGGUAGGACUAUGGCAGUAGCCUUAAGGUGAGUGAGUAAAGGUAUACUACAUGUCACUCCAAGUAUAAGUUAAAGUGAAUGCAGUUGUUUAAGGGGAUAGGCCACAAGAAGAGCAUGUCCUGAACACCCCAAAUCGCCAUGCAUAGAUAAGAAGGAAGGUAAAUGGAGUUGACUACUUCAUCAGCUAUUGGGACCAUUCUGUACGAGGCAGAGAGGAGGCAAACAUUAUGCCUGAGAACUCAGUGGUCAGAUGCCAAGACCCAUUGUGUUUGUGCACUGGCUAGGUGGGGUUGUUAAAAAGGCAAAUGGGUGCAGCUCAGGGGGAGAUUGAGGGUGCGGCCCGCUUGUGGUCCCUGGAGAGCUCAGAGAGUUCUUGCUAUUUAUAAGAUCGAUAGAUAAUUAACUUUUAGUGAUUAUUUUUCCAGGAUUCUGUUCUUUUUCAUUAUGUUUAUGGUCCACUGUGCUUGUGGUUCAGGUUGUGCAAUCCUCUUCCCUGUAGCACUUAAUUGUGCCCUUGUCAACUAGUCAUGCCGGGGGGGCCCCAGAUGCAGUUGAGGGAGGCCUGAUCACCUAAUCAUCCAGUGCCUGUAUUGUACAAAAAACAGUGGAGUGAGGCAGCAUCUGGCUUCACCACAAUCUACAAGCAACAGAGGAAUGAUAUUUUGAUGGCUUUUCCUUGAAUACCAAAGAUACCAAAGGGAUGAGGCGCCAUAUAUAUAUUAGAUAAAGUGAUGAACUUGUAGUCAAGCUCAGAUUUCUUAUCCUGUAGUUUCCUGGACUCUGAUGCAAUCCAUCAUAUUCCUGUCAAAGACUUCAUGGCGUUGAGUGCCUGCCUGUCGCUCCAUUAUUAGAGCUGUCAGUUCAAGGAUGAUCACAUCAAGGCCUACUGUGGCUUGCAGGAAUUGUGUCAACUGCGAAAGUAGAAAGUACCAGCCACAGUGAGUGCUCCAUGUUCUUCAAAUUCAGUCAGAAGACAGGUGGUGGGCUUCUGGGCAUGCAGGUUUCCAGGUUAUUAACAGCACAGGUCAUCGAAGGUAGGAGAGGUGCUUCUUGGAGUAUGUGAACUUUGGGGAAGGGUUCUUGUUCAGAAGUACCAGGAGACAGUACCUUUCCGUGAGCAUCAUGUUAGUUUGGCCUCAAGUAGAGCUUCCUUAUCUGAAGCAAUCUGUAUGUUACCUUUCUUUCUUGUAAUUUACUACAUCUUGCUUACCUGACGCUGUAGUUCUGUGGAAAAAAUGAGUUGGCUAAUUUGAAGUUGUAUAAACUCUACAACUGUCCCAGUUGGUCAGAGUUCCAUAUCAUCGCAGUCACGUCACUGCUGCUGUGUCCUCCCCUAUAGUAUUAAACUGCUGCUGCUCUGACCUCAUCACAAUUGUAUUUGGGUUACUCCACAACAGAUUUUAAAAAAAUUUGCAGAUCCUUGGGCCAUCUGCCCGCUAGGGAAGUAGCACUUAACUGACUGCAGGAAGGGUUGGAGGGGCUCCUCUGAACCCAUGAACUACUGCAGGUUGUGAGGAAAUCAGUCCCCUCCAGGCUGAUCUACUGAUUACUGAAUUUUGAGCACAUCUAUCAGUGAAGCAACACAGACGUUAUCACUGAUGGUGACAUCUACCUUUGGAUCAGAAAUCCCUAUUAUCUGCACCCUCCAUGCCACCUCAGAGGGAUCAUUAGGUUCUUACCAGUCCCCCUGUGGUGUUAAUUUUGUGUCUGCUAAGACUGAGUAAUGCAGGGCUGGGGGACUCCCAGUUUCUACCUGAUGAAGUGGCAGGAGGGCCACUAGGGCCCUUGCUGGUAGGAAAAAUGUGGUAGUGUUGAGGGUUCUUGACAAGAGCCAGUAAAACAGAUGUUGGGACUCUGGAUUGCCUGCUGGGGAAUGCCCAGGGCCAAACAGGCUUCCCAUGCUUCAGGCUGCUUUGGGUCAGGGCCCUUUUGCUUGUGUUUAGGGGGAUAUUUACCUGCGAGGAUAUGAGAGCAGUUAACUAUUAAGAGAGUUGGGAAGGUGAUGGAAUGGGUACAGCAGGAAUUCCUUUUACAAAUGGUUGGGCCCACAUGACACUGGGCCUGUAAUUCUAGCAUGUAUUACUGACUUCAGUGGGCUCUGAGAGGACCAGGACUUUAUUAUUAUUAUUGGGUUCUGCUGGGCUUCACUAGGAUGAUAUCUCCCUAGGUCUUCAUCUGCCCGGGGCAGCCAUGGUACUGAAGCACGAGGAUCCUUUUGCAGCAGUCAGUACCUUUAAUGCCUUCUGUGCUCUCAGUUUCAGCAAGUUUUCUGCCCUGUCCUGCUUGGGAGUGAGCAAGUGCCUGUCUGGGUGCUUGCUUGUGGAGCCCUGUGACAGCUACGCUGGAGAAGUUGUGCUCCUGUGCAUGCAUCCUGACCCCUGACGGGAGGAAGGCUGGCCAUGUGCUGGCUCUCAUGCUGAAUCAUAGAAUAUUCAAGUUGGAAGAGACCCACAAAGAUCGUCGAGUCCAACUCCUGGUUCCCAAAGGACCACCCAAAAAAAAUCAGACCAAAAUUUCUGAAGGUUAAAAUAGUGUUUGGCUUUGAAGAUACUGGCUAUAACAUCUUUCUGUUGGUCAUUCACAGAAUUUUGGUUUUAUACUGAAAAAAAAUAAAUCAAGAAAAGAUGGACUGGAAUGCAAGACCACUCAAGAAUGCUGAUGCACAGAAUAACCAGCAAAGCAGACAAGCGUGUUACACACGGUUGCUUCCUAAAGCACAUGCUUUUCCUCAAAGAAAUACAUUUUCCUCUGAAAAUGUAUGUAGUUAUGCUGGAAAUAACCAAGUGAUGUAUCUACCAACUGUCAAUGUUUCUUUACCAGGAACAUCUGUGCCCGGCAAAGAUUUUCAUGCCUCAGAAUACUCAGUCAAUAAGCAUCUACCAUCAUAUUUAGCAAUUGCACCAAGACCUCCCAAUCAAAUGUCACAUGCACAGACAGAGAUGACUCAGAACUCUUGGCAAAGCUCUGGUAGACAUACUUCUUCCUACAGACAGUUAGAUCCCCUGCCUUCUCAAAGGAGCAAUGGGAAUAACUUGCGGAACAUGCUUCAGGGACCUCAGCAUGCCUCCACAAACAGUUAUGCCGUGCAGUCACAAACAUCACAGCAUAAUUCGAUGAGAGCUAUGAUGUUAUAUCAAAGUAACCGCGAAUGCACUAAUUCUUCAAAGGUAGGGUGCACACUGCAGUAUAACACGAAUGGUCCUGCUUCAUUUCAAAGCAUUUCUCUACCGGUCCCUCAGUCAUCCCGUCAAUAUGUCCAUUCUCAGGACAGUUCUUUGUCUCUUGGUACGUCUGGGCAACAUGUGCAAAGCCAAAUAUAUUACUUCAGUAAACAGUUUCAAGUUUCACAGUCACCAAGUCAAAAUACUACAGCAAAUGCACAGCUGCCACAAUAUAUACCAAAUCAGAUGGGAUUGGAAGCUCCCAGUGGAUGUUCUGCGCCAGCUUUGCUGCCUGCCAACUGUGAUUCAAGAGCUGCAGCACAACCUUUGCUAGGUGCACAACAGGAAGUUCAAAAUGUGUCUACUGGAUAUACUCUCAGCCAACAGAGGUGCCUGUCAGAUCAAAAAAGUGCUUCUGGUAUUAACAGUGUUCAGCAAUACUGCCAGACGCAGCAAUCUGGAGAAGUCAGUCAAUCAGUUAUGAAUGCCUGUAACUCAAGUGGAGAUGUGAUGGCAAAUCAGACUUUUAAUGAAUUGUCUGCAUCAUCCACUGAUGCUUCCAAAGAAUUAUGUAGUAUUUUGAAUGAAAUAGUAAGUCUUUCUUCAGUGGUUGCUACAAAGCCAUUAUGUGAUGCUGCUUCAGUUCAGGAAAGUCAGACUAAUAGUUCAGUGAAUGCACCUAUUAAUUCUCAAACUUCAUCAGCAAAAGAAGAUGAAAGGAAAGCAGCAGAGGGUGAUCUAGUUCCGGAAACUGAAAGACUGCACUAUAUUAGAAAGAAAUGCACCCUGCUUGAAAAGAUGCAUCAUUUUAAAAGACUAUUAGCUUCACGACCUGGUCAGAGCAGUCCCACACUUGCUGCCAGUGAUGAAAGCAUGCUCUCUAAUCCUCUUCCGCAGGUGCCCAAUCAAAACGUAGCACCUUCCCCAUCUGGAGCAGUGAGGACAGACACUCAGCAACAACCUGUUCUUAACUCUUCACCUGAAGAGAAAAAUGACAAACAGAAUGCUGGUGCUGACAACAGAGAAUUAGAGGUGGCUCGGAGUAAUCAUCAGGUAGAACAGGGAAACCUUUUAUCAAAGUCAUUUCCUGUUCCUUCUCACAACAAACUCCCAGCUCAAUUAAAUAAUCCUGAGAGUGCUCCCAUCCUGGGACAAAAAGAUGCUUCAGCCUUGGUUUCCUCUCAAAAAACUCUCACAUCCUCCAACAAUACUUCAGGUUUUAAUCAAACCAAUAGCUCUGUCAAAAAUGCAUCAAAGAAUGUAUCAGCUUACCCUGAGAACUCAUCCUUUCUUCAGUUUGUAUUGAGCAGCACAAAUAUGUUGAAAGAGAAGAAAGCUGGUGCUACUGCUGAUAACAUACUGACUAAUCUCCUUUGCCGUGAAAAACCCCGGGUGGAUUUAAAGGGCAAAGAUGGAAGCUUAUUGAAGGGCCCUAGAGAAAAGAAUGUAGCCAGUCUGAAAGGUGAGCGGACAGUUAUGGUCCACACUCACACUCCUGUAUCAGGAACGAUGCAGUCUAAUGAAAAUAAAGUCCAGAGUGAUGUAGCUCAGAAAAAGAAAAAAGCACAGCUUACUGAAAAUUCAUGUUUUAAACAAAGCAAUUGUAGUUACUCUGCAGAAGAACUAACUGCAUGCCUGGGCUUGUGGAGAAAACAUGGUUCAGAACCUGCAAGUAUUCAAAAUAGCCAGUCAAAUGAAAGCCCCACAGAAAAUCAGAUCUCAUCCUUACCUUACAGCCAAAACACAGUGAGUAAGAGAGAACAAGGUAGUCUUCCGGAUAGUACAGGUGAAGCGGUCUUGCCUUUAACAACUGCCUCUGUAGGACAAAAACAUGACAUGUUGGGCUGCAAUUUGAUAAAAGGUUUUGAACUCCAAGUUGCAGUUGUCUCUCCUUUAGUGCUUCCUAAACAGGUAACACAGAGUGAGCAGGCAGACAAGUGUCAAAAAUCUGCAGAUAAAACCUGUCUAGUAAUUGACACAGGAAGCAUAUGUAGCUUGCAAGAAGAGGGGAAAAAUGUUUUAACUGUGGGAAGUGCUGAUAAAGGAACAGUAGAACCUGUCUGUUCAUCACCCUCUGACUGUGUUCUGGUAGAGAAAGAAAACUCACAUUUGCAACAGAACAAAUCAGCUAAUGGAAACAGAAUAGGAAAAAGCAGUAUGAGUACAAAUGAUUUGUCUGAUGAAAAACAAAGGAAACUUUGUCAAACCAUGGAAGAUGCUGGUGAAAAUCUCAGAUCACAAAACAAGUCAUCUCUUUCUGAGUUGGACCUGAAUUUUUAUGGUCAAAUCUUUCAAGAAGGUAAAAAAGACUGUGAAGACAAGCAAACAGUGUUAGAGACAGGAACUAUUCCUACAGCUUUGUUAGAAGAACAGAUGUUUCAUAUUUCUAGUGUAUGCUCUCUUGUUGAAGGUGAUGCAUCCUAUAAUCCACAAAUAGCAAGCAUAUUCGGCUCUGUCCAUCAGACUAAUACAUUAAAUAAUGGUACCUCAUCAGGAGAAAAUGCAUCUGACCCAAGGCAAAAGGAGCAAUUGCUGGACUUGAAUAAAAAUGACUUGAGCAAGAACUCUCUCCAGCAAGAGACCUUGCUGCAAAAGACAUCGGGAGAGUCAUCUAGGUGUGUUAGUGAAGCAGGUAGGACUUUGGAUAGUUUUAAAACCAUCCAUUCUGAGAAAGAAAGCAGUGGCAAUCCUCCUAGAACAAAUUCUGCCUCAGCGAAAAAAAUGCUGGUAAAUGCAUCUUUCAAGCAUCCUGAAAAUAACUUGGAUGUUCUUCCUAGGUUAGACCAGGAGUUAGCUCAAAGUUCACCAGAUUUCUUGAUGAGUGUGACUGCUGAAACAAAUGUGUUCUCUGUUACAACAGAUGUCAAUAAAGAAAAUGACACCUCUACUAAAAAUAGCAUAGAAGAAGUGAACCUUUUUGGAGCAGAGCCUAUUAAAUAUCUAAGGAAUCAGCUGACUGAACUUUUGCAAGAGUUUCCAUAUGGCAUUGAAGGGGCUGAUUUGCUUACAAAAGAGCCAGUACGAAAUGAUUCUGUGCUUGAGCGGACAGAGAAGCAAACUCAAAAAGAGACUCAAAUCUCUGACAAAAAGUCAAAUUCAAAGGACCCAAUAGAUCAGCUACAAAUUGCACUGUUAAGCUCUGGUCAGGUACAAGAAAUAUUUCCUGAAGAGAAGUCAUGUUCCUCUAGUGAAAGCAGCAGAGCAUUGACUCAACCUGAAAAGGCUUCACCCCAGGAGGAGAAGCUCAAAAGCAAUGUUCAACCUGAUCAAAGCCUAUGUAAGGAGAAAGAAAACCCUCAGCCACCACCCAAUUCCAGAAAGGAAGACAAUUACUGUUGUUUAAUGUAUUGGCUGUCUGAACUAGGUGGAGUGCCACAAGGCUCUUGUGAAUGCGGAACUUCUGGUUCAGAUAAAAAGGAUAAUGAUCAGUGUUCAGAAGCUGAAAAUAUCAACUCUGCAGAGAGACAAGAAAACAACAGUAAAUCUGAUGCCCCAGUGAAGAACAACUGUGCAUCAGGAAAUCCUCCAACUUCUGAAAAUGUUACAAAUCGUGUUCACAAAAAUAAAAAAGAUGCAUGCAAAUAUACUGCUGUAAUGACCAAAAAAGCCAGGCUCCAGAUGGAUGAUGAACAGAAACCGCUUCCAAAAGAAGCAGAAAAAGUUAGACCACUCAAUUCCUCUGAAAAAAAAGAUCUUGAUAAAUCAAAGAGCAGUAACAGUAAAGAAGAACCAGAAAUGUGUAGUAUCACUCCACUAUUAGGGAAAGAAUCUAAUUCUGAUAAAAAAGAUAAUCAGAAAGCCUCAGAAGAAGAGUUAUCAGAGAAAGCUGGUCAUGCGGAUGUAGACAACGUGACAAAGUCAUCAAAAAAAGAGAGAAUUUUCAAAGUGGAUUCCAUUUCAAAAGAUAAAACCAAAACGGGUUUGACCAUGAAAUCCAGAACAGACAUUCACAAAUGUACAAAAUCAGACACUGCUGCAAUUAAGCAUGCUGAAGCCCAUCAAGGCCAAAAAAAAACCACCUGUGAUAAGAACACAGGUGAAGAACAAAACUGUGGGAAACAAAAAGACACACUUGGACAAAAUGUAGGAAUUAAUACCAAAGAGAAAGCAAAAUUAGCAGCAGAAAAAGGACAAAAAAAGCUGAAUAGUUAUCACACUGAAGCCAUGAAGUUCCCAGGCUUUGGCAGUAAAGACUUGAAGUCAAGAAACCAGAAAUAUUCUCCACAUAAAUCUGUAAAAGCUUAUCCACCGCAGGAGGAGUCAUACAAACGGAAGAGGAAGGACAUUAUUGGAAAGAGAGACUGUAAGAAAACAAAGGUGGAAGAUGAACGACUAAAACAGUCUGAAGCAAAGAAUUCCAAGCAAUGCUCAUAUAAUUGCAUGAUAAAUACUGACAAGACUAAAAAAUUGAAUGGAGAAAAUGUCUGGAAACCCAGGAACUCAUUAGGAGAUCACACUAUGCUUAAACUACAGAGGAAAAGGGGUCGAUCUGCCAUCUCCAGAAACUACUUUUCUAACAAAGAGAGACAUCUCGAUGGUCAAAACAAAGACAAGUGUUCUGAGAAAAUAUUUUCUGAUAAAAAUAUGCUAUAUUUAAAUAGAAGAACAAACAGAUUAAAAUUGCAUCUUCAAAAAGAACCAAAAAAACAUUAUCUUAAUAGAGUUGCAUUUAAACGUACUGCGCAGGAACGCAUAUACCUGACAAAGUUAGAGACAUCACCUGUCAGGCCUGUCUGGCAUUUAAAGUCCAAAGCGUCACGAAAUAGCACAGAUUCAAAAAGAGUUCCUUCUCCCUCGGAAGAUGAUAAAUCACGGAAACCACAAGUACUUGAAUUUAAACUGUGUCCAGAGAUCCUGUUCAGAAAUUCAGCUACUGAUGAUGAAAGCUUAAGUACAAAGAAUUCUCUGGCAAGUGAGAAAACCACUGUGGCAGGUGUAAAGAGUAAAAAAGAAGAUUGGUUAAAAUACGAUCCAGUGAAGCAAAAAAAAAUGGAAGGGAUCUCGACAGUUGAGGACAGUAUUCCACUUGAUACAGCCAUACAAAUCCUGGAAGGAGAUGGCGUGGCUCUUCACAGUCCAAUCAAAGACUCAAAAGAGAUGUUUCAGACCUACAAGAAAAUGUAUCUGGAAAAAAGUAAUGCAAAGGCCUAGAUAGCACUCCUGUAUCAUAGGUUUUACUCAAUAUUAUUGGUGGAAAAAAAUGCCAACACUACAAUUUUUUUUCUUAUUUACUUCACAUUUCUGCAUAGUUGUUAUAUAUAUAGAGAGAUUACAUUAUGUUGUUGGCAAUACUUCAGCCCUGUUUGCCUAAUAAUUGUGAAUAACUGAUAAUUUGCUUAAUCUGUAUUUAUUGCACAAAUAGGCUUUGGUGCUGACGGUGUCAUUGUCAAAUACAUUUUGGUUUUGUUAUAUUUGAAUUACUUUUAAAGAGCCAGGAGUUAGCUCUAUCUUGACCAAAAAAAAAAAAUAAAUAAAGAUGCACCAACAAACCUCAAACUCAUUUAAAUCAUCAUAAUCUGUUUUACUUUCUUCUUCUGGAAAAGUUAUGCUUGUGAUACUUUCCAUUGCUGGCAGUGGAAAAAUAUUCCUACUGGGAAGGGAUUGCAGGGAUUCCUAGGCAUGACACCUUUAUUUUCUAUUUAUGCUAGUUCGAUUAUUGUGCUCCUAACAAGACUUUCUAUUUUUUUGUGGAAGCCUUUUUUUAAAACUUGAAAUACAGAUAUAAAACCCCCAAAUCAAACAUAAAGAUAAGGGGAUACUAUGAGGUGUUUAUGCUGCUGCCCAGUUUUCUCAUAUCUAUUUUUGUAGAACUUGUAGAAAUUGAACUCAGAAUUCUUUAUCUGAACACAGUGCUGUAAACUGAUAGUUGACUGAAGACUUUUCCCUUCUUCCCUCCCUUCCUCCCUCUUUCUACUUUCUUUACAUUUGAAAGAAAAGCACUGUUGUUGAAGUGCAGGGAGUUUGAAUUCACUUCUGUCUAGACCAUGAUGCUCAAUUUAACCAGACUGUGAUUAAUUUCUUUGUUUAUAAAACAUUAGCUAAUGUUUGACUAAAUGUUCACUGUGAUGUGAGUUGUAUUUUUUGUUGGAUACCUUUUGUUUAAGUGUCUUUUUGUUGUUGUUCAGAAUUUCGAAUUGAAGCAUAUAUAUAUAUAUAUAUUUUCAGAAUUGUGGUUAUCUGUUUCUUUUUAUCUGUUCAAGCCUUUAUAAUAAAAGUGAAAACUGCAGAUAUUUCGCUGAAUGACUUUUAUACUUGAAAUAAACUUUUUGCAGGCUA